GUAGCAUUUGUAGAUUCAAGUUCAAUGUUGUAAAGUUGUUGGAAGCAAAGUAUGUGUGCUUUUGAAAGCUGUGAAAAACUAUUUGAUUAAUUAAUUAUAAUUUUUAUAUACGAAUUAUUUUAAGAAAUGACUCGCAAUUUACUUAGCAAAUCGGAGUAUUUGGGUGAACCUGUGCAAAUUAUCGAAAAACCAAAUGUACAACACAAUGUAGAAACUCAUUCGUCGAAUCUACCUCAACGUAGAUGGCAAAUAGUUUGGAGGAAUGUCUUAAUAUUUGCUUAUCUGCAUUAUGCAGCAGUUUAUGGUUUAUAUUACAUGAUUACUUUAGCUCAAUGGAAAAGUAUAAUUUGGGGUUACGUUGUUAUCUUAUUUGCGAGUAUUGGAGUAACUGGAGGAGCACACAGGUUAUGGGCCCAUCGUUCAUAUAAAGCAAAGCUUCCACUUCGAAUUUAUUUAGCCUUUUGGCAAACUGUCGCUUUGCAAAACCACAUCUACGAGUGGGUGCGAGACCAUCGAGUCCAUCACAAAUUCACAGACACAGAUGCUGAUCCUCACAAUUCCAACCAAGGAUUCUUUUUCUCACACAUGGGUUGGUUGAUGGUCAAAAAACACAAGGAUGUUUUUAUUAAAGGCAAAACUAUUGAUUUGAGUGAUGUGGCAGCUGAUCCUGUGGUCCAAUUUCAAAAAAAAUAUUAUUUAAUUUUGGCACCAAUUCUUACUUUUGUUUUUCCUGCUUUCGUUCCAUGGUACUUCUGGAAUGAAAAUCUCACUGUUUGCUAUUAUUCUUUAGCCAUCUUAAGAUACAUUUUAAACCUUCAUGGUGCUUGGUUGGUAAACAGUGCAGCUCAUAUUUGGGGCUACAAACCAUUCGACAAAAAUAUAAAUGCCACAGACAACAUAAGUGUCGCUAUCAUCGCGUUCGGUGAAGGAUGGCACAAUUACCACCACGUCUUUCCUUGGGAUUACAAAGCUGCUGAAUUAGGGAAUUAUAGGAUGAAUUUUACUACAGCUUUUCUUGAUUUGAUGUCAAAAAUUGGACAAGCUUACGAUUUAAAAACAGUGUCGGUUGACAUGAUUAAUAAAAGAAAGAAAAGAACUGGCGAUGGGACCGGUCUGGUUGAUAAAAAUGUAGAUAACCAACAACACCACCACGAUGACACUGUAUGGGGAUGGGGUGAUAAGGAUAUGAAACAAGACGAAAUCAAUUUGGUUGAAAUUCAUAAUCCAAGUAGCAAUAAAUUGUCUCGGUAGUAGUCCUAAAAGUUGUUAAUUUAUUAUUGUUAGCUAAGUACGUCGUUAUAUUGUAUAAAAAUAUUUUUUGCUAAUAAAACAAAGAGUUGUUACUGAAAACAGUUACAUUAAGAGCCGUUAUAGAAAUUCUUUCACAGCCAUGACAUUUGUACAGAAUGGUUUAUAACUUGCGCUCAAGAGAAAAAUGUCAAGUAAGAUAAGAUACAGUGUUUAGAACGUAUGUUCACGGAAAAACAAUUUAUUGUGUGAAUAAACACCAACAACAUCUUAUUUUAGGAUGUUUUAAGACGUUUUAUAGAAUAAUUCAAUUUGCUUAAUUCAAUAAUUUCAAUGUAUAUAAUAAUUUUUUGACAUCCAGCUAACAUACGAACUGCCUGUGACAUACGUCCUCAACUAGUAUAACUAC